CCUUUCUACUGCAUGAAGCACACAUGGCAAUCGAUUGUCAUGGUCUGCGGGCCUUCGCAACCCUAACCCCAGCCAAUGCUGAGGCUCAGGAUGCAUUCAGCCACGUCGUGGAUUUCGUGAAGAUGGAUCAGUCACCCAGCGUGCCGUCGUCCUUUUCGUCCUUCCUCUACGUCGACGAAGAAAAAAAAUACAAUCAUGACGUUGCGAUGCUGCGCCGAGACAGCGAACGCCCUGCCGGUGAAGACGACGAGACUGCUACAGAACCGGACACCGAGACCGAACAGCAGCCAGAAUGGCAACAGCGGGGCAUGGUAUGGUCUGGCUGCUUCUAUUUUACCAUCAAGGAUAUGCCAGAGCCGAUGAAUCGCUGGCAUGCCGGAAGGUUGCACAAGGGCAUUGCUGUACUUCAAUUUCCUUUAACGGUUAAGCGUUCCUCUAUUAGACGUUUACACGCAAUUUUCAGCUUCUGCACCUAUACCGGGUGCUUGAAGAUCCAGAGGCCGCACAACGGCCUGGAAAUAAGCGUUAACGGUGUCGAUGUGCCUCAGUCCAGCACCUUUGUUAAUGGCAACCAAGCCAUAGUCCAUCUCGGCACCCUCAAAUACCGCUUCGAGUAUACCCCGUACAGCUAUACCGACCCUUAUUACGAAGAGCGCAAUGGGGCGGUCAUGAAAUUUGCCGAUUCUGAACCGUGGAUAGCUGCGAAGUGGGAAUCCCUUACUCAAACACCCUCCAUACAAUCGACAACUAUUAUGGGUUGGACGCUCCGGAUGCCAGUUGGUCGUGGGGCAUCUGGGAACGUCGUGCAAGCGGUUAACGACCAGAGUCAUACCGCGGCUUUGAAAACGAGACAACGACGAUGCCGUGAUACGGCAAAACGGAUAUCCCGCGAGAUCCAAACGCUCAAAGCAAUCACGACGCUAGCUCGUCAGCACAAUGAGUCAAGAAUCCUCCAACUUCGUGACGUUAUGUACCAAUUCGGGAACGAAGACUACCAACAAAACACCACCGAAGACGUGUACCUUUUGCUGGACCCAUUUCUACCGUUCACUGUAGAUCAUAUUAUCGAGAUGGACCACGGAAAUCCACUCAAAUCUCGCCUAGCUCUAUGGGUCCUUCAUGAGGCCAUGCUAGGGCUCCAGUUCUUGCACCAGGUAGGAUGGAUGCACGGCGAUAUCAAGCCCGGAAACAUCGGCAUCGAACUGCCACACAUACUCCCCUCAAGCCUAGAAGGCCUCCAAGCUGUCCGUGUUGUCCUCCUAGACCUCGACAACGCCACCAAUCUCCAAUCUUUUGGCCCAAACCCCCGGCUACCUCCCACGCCGGGCCGCGGUGGUACCGUGCCCUACCUCGCGCCAGAAAGAGAGCUCGAGUACCAAUCAUAUACCAGCGAUGUCUGGGCCGUGGCUGUUACCGGGUAUGAACUACGAUACGGGGAGCACCCGUGGAAUUUCUCAGCCAAUGCAUGGAGGCCUAUGGCAUCUGAGAGUCUGCGGACAAAUUGGCUGUCUAAGUAUGAACAUGGUAUUGCAAGGUUGCAAAAAGACCCUAUCGGCAAGCUUCUCGCGAAGAUGCUAUCAUUCUCCCUCUCGUCUCCUAAAAUCGGGGCUCAGACUACGCGUAUAACGAUUGAUCAGGCGCUGAAGGAGCCAUGUUGGGCACUGCUGAAUUCCUAUGACCAGGACUUGGGAACCAAGAAGGCGAAGAGAUGAGACUAUUUCUUUUCCCUAUGUGGUGAUUGCAAGGGAUUCUUAUCGCUUCGGCGCCCAUGGACUAAGCAAGGAAUAUGAGUAGAGCUAUGUAAAUGCUCGAGCGGAUGUAGAAGGGGACUCAUAGUUAUGCUGACUAGCCAUUGGCUCGUCCACCUUUUCCGGCCUU